GAUGAGACUAGGGUUUAAAAUUCUAUUAUAUAAAGUUGGUCAUUCCUCCUCCGGUGUUGCUGACAAGCCAAUCCUUUGUGUAGGUGCUCAACCCUAGUAAGCCGCAAUGGUGAAGUACUCAAGGGAGCCUGACAAUCCAACUAAGUCUUGCAAGGCUAGAGGCGCCGACCUUAGGGUUCAUUUUAAGAACACGAGGGAAACUGCCUUUGCAAUCAGGAAGUUGCCCUUGGUCAAGGCUAAAAGGUACUUGGAAGAUGUUCUUGCCCACAAGCAGGCAAUUCCAUUCAGACGUUUUUGUCGAGGUGUUGGAAGGACAGCCCAGGCUAAGAAUAGACACUCUAAUGGCCAAGGACGGUGGCCUGUCAAGUCAGCGAAAUUCAUUCUUGAUUUGCUCAAAAAUGCUGAGAGCAAUGCUGAAGUGAAAGGUUUGGAUGUUGAUGCACUGUACAUUUCGCAUAUCCAAGUCAAUCAAGCACAGAAGCAAAGACGCCGAACAUACCGAGCCCAUGGAAGAAUCAAUCCUUAUAUGUCAUCUCCGUGCCACAUAGAGUUAAUAUUAUCUGAAAAAGAAGAACCUGUGAAGAAGGAGCCCGAGACUAAGUUAACAACAAGCAAGAAAUCCCAAGCUCUUCGAAGUGGCGCUUCGUCAUAGAAUACAACUUAAUUGUUUGAGGCACAAUAUUCCUAGAUUAUGUCAAGAGGAGAGUUUUGUUUGUUUAAUUUUUGUUAUGGUUUGGUAUGAGUUUUAUACUAUGCUUCAAAUUAAUUUAAGUUAUUCGAAAAACUUAGUUUGGAUUUCUUUCGGUGUUUCCUUUGGAUGGAUAUUUAAAAGUAGUUUCAAAAGAAAUACUAAGCAUUAGAAGAUAAAUCGGUUGUUAA